AUGAGUUUACCAGGCCAUACCGAAUGCGCGUGUCUGCCAUUAUGCGUCGAUUGCCAAUCACGUGUCGAGGAAUGUGUGAGCUCGCGAUCUCAAAAUAUUGAAAAUAUGAAGUCAAGUUUCGGAAAAAAGGAAGGAGAAUAUUCUCGGCUUGUUAGUAAAUCGAGUAAUAAACUUCUAAACAACUUGUGGGAAAAGAAGAAAAUUCCUGAAGAUGGGUGGAGUGAGCAUGCACUUGACUUGUUCCUUUCAUGGCUUUCAUCUCACGAUACAAAUAAUCGAGUCGAUAUGAUGCCAGUUGGAGCUGGAGAACGGGAAGGGCGUGUUUUAAAUCCAAUGGUUCAACGACUACAUUCGAACCUUGCUCAUGGAAUUGGAAGAAGUGGUAAUCUUCUCGAAAUUCAGCCAAAAGCUUUAGGAUCUUCAAUGUUAGCAUGUUUUGCGAAUGAGUUUGCAAUGCACUCGCUUCAAUUGUUAGGUCUCACCACGAUCAGAGGCUGCAUUGUUGUACCGCUAUGCACUGGAAUGUCUCUUUCUUUGUGCAUGUCCGCUUGGAGGAAAAACCGUCCAAAUGCGAAAUAUGUUGUUUUUCAUAGGAUUGAUCAAAAGUCUUCUCUGAAAAGUAUUUAUCACGCAGGGUUUGAACCAAUUGUGAUUGAGCCAAUCCGUGAAGGUGAUGGGUUAAUAACGGAUGUUGAAACAUUGAAUCAUGUUUUAGAAGAAAAAGGAGAAGAGAUCUUAUGUGUGAUGAGUACAACUUCGUGUUUCGCUCCAAGAUCUCCAGAUAAUGUUGAAGCGAUUGCUGCGAUAUGCUCAUCUCACAAUAUAUAUCAUCUAAUUAAUAAUGCUUAUGGUUUACAAAGCGAAGAAGUGUUAAGGAGAAUUUCAGCGGCUAGUGAAGCUGGAAGAAUUGAUGCUGUUGUGCAAUCUCUCGAUAAAAAUUACCAAGUGCCUGUUGGCGGAGCCGUAAUUGUUACUUUCAAAUUUGGACACGUGCAGCAAAUAGCUCAAACGUAUCCAGGACGCGCGUCGAGUGUACCAGCUAGGGAUCUCGUUUUAACACUAUUGUAUCAAGGUCAAAAUGGGUUUCGGCAGCAAUUUGAAAAGCAAAAACAGAUGUUUCUAAAAAUGAAGCGCAAAUUGGUAUCGUUUGCUGAAAAAAUUGGCGAAUGCGUUUAUGAAGUUCCUGACAAUGAAAUAAGCCUAGCUAUUACACUUUCCACAAUUCCACCGGAUAAACAAACAUUGUUUGGUUCAGUACUUUUCAGUAGAGGAAUUACAGGAUCCAGAGUUGUAACCUCAACAACAAAAGUAACGAAAAUUGAAAACACGGAACUUGUGAACUUUGGUUCGCAUUGCUCUGAGCAACACGGAGGCUAUUUGAAUAUUGCUUGUGCUAUUGGGAUGACGGAUGUAGAAAUGGAGGAAUUGUUUUGUCGUUUAACUUCUACUUACAAUAAAUUCCAUAGACAAAUUACGCGAAUCAGUGAUGAUCGAAGUGCGCGAAGGUUCAUCGAAGAAUUUGAUAUGAAAAAUGAUUAA